AUGCACAGCUCGAAUCACACCAUCAAGUUCACUGAUAAUACAACUGUGGUGGGUCUCAUCAACACAAACGAUGAGUCAGCAUACAGAGAGGAGAUGCAGCAGCCAACGGACUGGUGCAAAGCCAACAACCUGUCUCUGAAUGUGGACAAGAUGAAAGAGAUGGUUUUUAACUUCAGGAGAGCACAGAGCGACCACUCUCCACUGAACGUUGAUGGCUCCCCUGUGGAGAUCGAGACCUCUAGCAAAGCUUUGAGGUGCUACACCCCCUGCUCCAACGGGGGCAGGUGUAACAGGAAUCCGAAUGGUACUGAAGAUUGUCUGUGCAGUAGUGGCUAUGUUGGAGCUCGGUGCCAGUUCGCAGACCCAUGCCUAAGCUCCCCAUGUGAGAACCAUGGGAGCUGCAGUGCUGUUGUCCGGGGCCAGACUGUCGAUUAUGCAUGUGCCUGCCAGCUGGGUUACACAGGGCACCAAUGCCUCUCCCUCCUCGACAAUGCCUGUCUCAGCAAGCCCUGCCACAAUGGAGGCAGCUGCCAACUGGUCAACAACCUGCGGGAAUACAAGUGUCGCUGUCUGCCAGGCUGGGCAGGAAAGCAGUGCCAACAGGCCGACCCUUGUGCAUCCAAUCCAUGUGCCAAUGGAGGUCAAUGUGUAGCGUUUGAAGCUCAUUACAUCUGCAAAUGCAUAGCUGGAUUCCAUGGUCCCACGUGCAAUCAGGACGUGAAUGAAUGUGGAGUAAACCCCUCACCCUGUCGCAAUGGCGGGACCUGCUUCAACCACAUCGGCUCUUACCAGUGCACCUGCCCCCCCGAGUACACUGGCCACAGCUGUGAGAAUCUCUACGUGCCAUGUUCACCAUCACCUUGCCAGAAUGGGGGCACCUGUCGGCAGCUCGGAGACGCUCUGUAUGACUGUACCUGCCUCCCAGGGUUUUCUGGACAGCACUGUGAGGUGAAUGUGGACGAUUGUGCUGAACAUCACUGUCAGAACAAAGGCCUGUGUGUGGACGGUGUGAACACCUACAAUUGCCAGUGUCCACCAGAGUGGACAGGUCAGUUUUGUACGGAGGAUGUGGACGAAUGCCAGCUACAGCCCAAUGCCUGUCAGAAUGGAGGCACCUGCCAUAACACGAAUGGGGGCUAUAACUGCGUCUGUGUCAAUGGCUGGACAGGAGAUGAUUGCAGUGAGAACAUCGAUGACUGUGCCAUUGCAGCCUGCUACAGUGGGGCCACGUGCCACGAUCGUGUCGCCUCCUUCUACUGCGAGUGUCCCCAUGGCAGGACCGGGUUGCUGUGUCACCUCGACGACGCUUGUAUUAGUAAUCCCUGCCAUGAGGAGGCAAACUGCAGUACAAAUCCUGUCAACGGCAAAGCCAUCUGCACGUGUCCAGUCGGAUUCUCGGGGGCUUCCUGCAAGCAGGAUGAUGAUGAAUGCUCUCUGGGGUCCAAUCCGUGUGAGCAUUCAGGGAAGUGUGUGAACACCCUGGGAUCUUUCAAGUGUCUGUGCCAGCCCGGUUACCAUGGACCUCGCUGUGAGCUGGACAUUAAUGAAUGUAUGUCCAGCCCCUGCCACAAUGAUGCCACCUGCCUCGACCUGAUUGGAAAAUUCCAGUGCAUCUGCAUGUCUGGAUAUGAGGGAGUCUUCUGCGAAAUUGAUAUUGAUGAAUGUGCCAGUAAUCCGUGCUUAAACAAGGGUAACUGCGUCGACAAAAUCAAUAAGUUUGAGUGCGAAUGCCCCUCAGGAUUCAAUGGGAAUCUGUGUCAGAUAGAUGUGGACGAAUGUGCAAGUACUCCCUGUCAGAAUGAAGCCCGCUGUGUGGAUGGACCCAACAAAUAUCACUGUCAAUGUUUGGAAGGUUUUACUGGAACACUGUGUGAGACGGACAUCGAUGAGUGUGAGCAGGACCCCUGUCACUAUGGCGUUUGUAAGGAUGAGAUUGCGACCUUUCUCUGUGUCUGUAACCAGGGUUACACAGGCCGAGUAUGUGAUAUCAACAUUAAUGAGUGUCAGAGCCAGCCAUGUCAGAAUGGAGGAAGCUGCCAGGAUAAGAUCGAUGGCUAUGUGUGUGCCUGUCUAAAAGGAACCACAGGCGUGAACUGUGAAACAAAUCUGGAUGAUUGUGCCAGUAACCCGUGUGAAUAUGGCAACUGCAUCGAUCAGAUUAACAGUUAUGACUGUGUCUGUGAGAUCGGAUAUUCAGGCCCUAUGUGUAACAUUAACAUUGAUGAGUGUGCUUCAAACCCUUGCCACAACGGGGGCACCUGCAAAGAUGGGAUCAACAGCUUCACUUGUGUCUGUCCAGAGGGUUAUCACGACUUGGUUUGUCUGUCAGAGGUGAAUGAGUGCAACAGCAACCCCUGUAUCCAUGGAGAAUGUCAAGACCACCUCAAUGGGUACAGCUGUGAUUGUAGUCCAGGUUGGACUGGAACAAACUGUGACCUGAAUGUUAAUGAGUGUGAGUCUCACCCUUGCGUGAAUGGGGGCACGUGUCGGGAUAUGAACAAUGGCUACCUGUGUGACUGUCAGCCUGGGUUCCGAGGACCCAACUGCCAGACGAACAUCAAUGAGUGUGCAUCGAACCCAUGCCUGAACCAGGGGAGCUGCAUUGAUGAUAUUGCUGGAUACAAGUGUAACUGUGUUUUACCAUACACAGGAGUGAAUUGUGAGGACGUCCUUGCUCCGUGCUCUAGUCAGCCGUGUCAAAAUGGUGGCGUGUGUCAAGAGUCUGAGGAUUACGAGAAUUUCUCCUGCGACUGUCCAGAGGGAUGGCAAGGUCAGACUUGUCAGAAAGAUGUGAACGAAUGUGUGAAAAGUCCCUGCCUCAAUGGAGCCACUUGCCAGAACUCGAUGGGAGGAUUCCAGUGUGUCUGCCGACAGGGUUACACCGGCACCAUCUGUGAGACCGACGUGGAUGACUGUCAGCCCAAUCCAUGCCAUAAUGGAGGCUCGUGCUCUGAUGGAGUCAGUAGCUUCACCUGUGACUGUCUCCCUGGAUUCCGUGGUCCCAAAUGUGAGGAGGAUAUUAACGAGUGUGCCAGUGACCCCUGCAGGAACAGUGGUAACUGCACGGACUGUGUCAACAGUUACACAUGUACCUGUCCCCUGGGCUUCAGUGGUAUGCACUGUGAGAACAACACCCCCGACUGCACAGAGAGUUCAUGUUUUAAUGGUGGGACUUGUGUUGAUGGAAUCAAUACCUUCACCUGCCUUUGUCCGACUGGUUUCACAGGGAGUUACUGCCAACACAACAUCAAUGAGUGUGACUCCAGACCAUGUCUCAAUGCUGGCACUUGUCAUGACAGCUAUGGCACCUACAAGUGCACCUGUCCCCAAGGCUACUCUGGCCUCAACUGUCAGAACCUAGUACGUUGGUGUGACUCGUCACCUUGUAAGAAUGGGGGAACCUGUUGGCAGACUGGCACCACCUAUCGAUGUGAAUGUCGGAGCAGCUGGACUGGCCUCUACUGUGAUGUGCCCAGUGUGUCCUGUGAAGUGGCAGCCAAACAACAAGGUACCCUCCAGUGUGGACCCCCGCAGGGUUAUGAGGGAGCAUCCUGUGAGAAUCAGGCCAGUGUCUGUGGUAAUCUGCAGUGUCAUAAUGGGGGAACGUGUGUACUGACGCAGGGGGGUUCUCCCCGCUGUGCCUGCCCCCUGGGACAAGGCGGGGUGGACUGCCAGCUGCCCACCAGGAACCCGUGCAAGUCCAACCCAUGUUACAAUGGGGGCACAUGCGAGAGUGUACCCACUGAGCCUUUUUACCGCUGCCAUUGUCCUCGCCUCUUCAAUGGGCUGCAGUGCUUCAUCCUGGAUUAUGAGUUUGAAGGAGGAAAUGGACAGAACAUCACGUUUCCCCCGAACAUUGAGCAGGGCUGUGAUAAACCCGAGUGUGUGCAGCUUGCCAAAAACCGGGUGUGUGAGGCUCACUGUAACACUCACGCCUGCGACUGGGAUGGUGGAGAUUGUUCCCUCAACUUCAAUGAUCCCUGGAAGAAUUGCUCACAUGCUCUGCAAUGCUGGCGUUACUUUGGAGAUGGGAAAUGUGAUAAACACUGCAACAAUGUGGGCUGCCUGUAUGAUGGUUUUGACUGUCAGAGCAUCGAGUCCCAGUGCAAUCCCCUGUAUGACCAGUACUGCAAAGAUCACUAUGACGAUGGCCACUGCGACCAGGGCUGUAAUAAUAUCGAGUGUGGAUGGGAUGGUCUGGAUUGUGCCAAUGACAAGCCACAGAAGCUGGCAGAGGGAACACUGCUCCUCAUUGUCCUGGUGCCUCCUGAACAACUACUGAAUGACUCGGUGGGGUUCCUUCGUGAGCUCAGCCACAUCCUGCACACCAAUGUCAAGUUUAAGAGGCACCCCAAUGGCGACAUGAUGGUUUACCCUUACUAUGGGAACAAGGAGCAGCUGCACAGACACCAUGUGAAGAGGUCAAUGGCAGAGGCCAGUGACCGAGUCAUUGACGCAUUGAGUCAUGUCAAACGCUCGCUCUAUGCACUGGUGUCCCCUCGGAGCCGCAGGGAGUUGGACCGGCAAGAGGUCAAAGGGUCGAUUGUUCACCUGGAAAUCGAUAAUCGACAGUGUUACCAGGCUUUCUCUGACUGUUUUGCCAGUACAACAGAUGUGGCAGCUUUCCUGGGUGCCAUGGCUUCCCAAGGCAGCCUCCAGCUACCAUACAACAUUGAGACUGUGGAGAGUGAAGGAAUUGUGACCAUUCAUGACGAUAACCUAUAUCCCAUGUACGUUGUGGUGUCUGUGCUCAUAUUUCUGGCCUUCAUUGGGAUGGGGGUGCUGGUGUCUCGGAAACGACAUCGAGAGCACGGACAGCUCUGGUUCCCCGAAGGUUUUAAGGUGACAGAGAGCAGCAAGAAGAAACGCCGGGAGCCGGUGGGCGAGGAUUCGGUUGGGUUGAAGUAAGUCAGGCAUUAACCAUUUGCUAUUUGUUAUUUAUCAGCUGCCCAGACUGGAGAGUCAAUGUGUGAGUGUGUGUGUGUGUGUGUAUGAGUGUCUGUCUGUGUGUGAGGAGGGGUGUUUCCAUUG